UGAUAAAGGAUUUGACUUUGUCUCCAGAGCCCUCAGCUUUAGUUUCUCCAUGUAAAAUUAGGUCAUCAGAUUCUGAUCUCCAUCUUGUGGCUGCCUCUGAAGUAAAUAUUGAUCCUUCUGAUUUGGCCCCAGUUGAUAACAAACAUCACUUCAUCACUGUAGCUUUUGAAGAAUCUGAUUCUUCAGUUUCACCAGAAUUUCCACUGACAAAACCCAGUUCUUUAGACCCUGAAGGUGAACAAACCAAAUGGUUUCUGGCACAGGAUGACACCAUGAUUGGGUUAUUGCCACAGUCUUUGAGCCAAUCUGUAAUCCACGAGCAUGUUGCUACCAAACUCUCAGAGAUGGACAUUCAGCUGACUGCAUUGCAGAAUAUUGCUAAAGACAUGGAACUGGAGUUUUCCAACACCCGACUGCUGGUGAAUAAAAUUGAAAUGUUUGGUGCAGUCAUCAACCCAGAAAUGAAAACAGAGAAUGAGAGUGAGCUGAGGAUUUUACCUGAGCAAGAAGCAUCAGUAUGUCUGAGUCCUGCCUCUGAAUUGACAGAUCUGAUGGAGGAAGCAGGGAAGCAUCUCCUUCCAGAGUCUACUUUUGCACCCGUUAUCCCUGCAGUCCCAGAAAGAGGCCCUCCUUCCAUUAAUGAAAUCAUUUCAAGUGCUCAGUAUCUUGAUGAGAUUUCUGAUCCUGUUUUCCAAAUCACACAGAGCAGUAGUGCAAAAGAAGGCCUCAGUGACAAUCUGGUCCAUCAUAGGACAGGCACAGAUCCACAGAUGUUUACAACAGAAACUGAAAUGUCCACAGAAACAUUGGAUGCUUUGCACCUGACAGGAUUAAGUGAUGUUGCUGACAUUCUUGGUGAUCUGCUCACCGAAAGCGGAGUUGCUGCCCGUGAACUCGGCCUGUCUGAAGCACAAGCUUGCAAGCUGAUGAGCAUGCAUGAGAAUCAAACCAGCCAGCCAUGCCACACAGUAAGCAGAACUGAGCAGGAGAGACGAGAGAUCAGGGAAUGGAUGAGAAGAAAACGUCGGGAGAGACAAGCAGAAUAUUGCAAAGAACGAGAGAAGCAAAAAGAGCAAGAGGACCAUCCAUCCAUGGUUGCGGCUAAAAGAAAUGUCACUUCUAAAGAAACAACAUCAAACAAGAAAAUGAAAGAAGGCGGCAAUAGGAUGGAUCUGUCAAAGCAUCACAUUAAAAGGAAGAGGGAGGCCAUAAAUUUAAUGAAUGAAAUUCUGUCUGAUACCGUGCAACUGACUGCCAGACCGCUGCUCUCCCCAAAAGAUGCAUCUGUGAAGUCAAAGCCAACAAUGGCAAAGGGAAGGUUAAGUGUGAGCUGUAACCAGUCUCUCCAUCCAGCACGCCAAGGUACUUCUCGUCUAAGUCAAACAAGAUCAACUACCACUUCUCCUGGCAGAGUUACACAAAUAUCAGGCUCAUCAACUCGAAUAUUACCUAGAAAAGCUGAGGAUAAGGGAAGGCCUAGCCGUACACACACUCCUGUUGCUGAAGAUCGCUCAGCUCAGCUAAAUCACAGAGAUACGAUGCCCAGGCAGAGAAGCAGACGCCAAGGGAGGUGACUGGAAAGAAACAUCCAAACACAUGAACUUUUUUGCCAUGAGGCUGAAUGUCUUCCAUAUUUGCAUCGUCAGCUAAACAGUUAUAAUGAACAUGACCACAAAUGAAGAUAAU